AUGACAAUAGUCAAUAGCAAAAUUCUAGGAGUAUGUGCUCUGAUCCUCAUAAAUAACAUGAUUACAGCCUAAUCAAAGAAAAAUAUAAAUCUGGAAUAGGCUCCUACUGUUAGAGCUGGAAUGACCACAACAUUCACAUCGAAAUUCUUUGAGGAGUACAGAACAUGGGUAAUGGAUCUAUUUGAAGAGAAAAUGCAAGACUUUGAAUUGGCUGACUCUAAAAAGCAAUUUAACGCUGGAAUCGGCAAAGUUUUCAUUGAUCUUUCUAAUCAAAAGUUGAUCUCAUUUGACAUCGAUUCAGAUAAAUCUAGCAUAGCAAUUAAUGACAAAUAGCCAUAUCUAGUGUUUAAGCUAGAAGGUAUUGAUCUUAGUUUCCAGACUAAUUUUACCUUAAACUCGAAGCCAGACUGGCUAAGUGAUUCCGGUCUUGGCAAAAUUGAUAUAAAAGAUCUAAGUAUUCAACUUCACUUGAUUCCUUUUGCAAAAGAUGGUAAGAUUCAAGUAGAUUUUUCCGAUUCAAUUGUGAAUAUCACUGAUUAUAAUGCUAAGUUUGACGGAUCAACAGAUUUUACUAAGAUUUUCAAUAUUAUUUUGAAAAACUUCAAAACCUUCUUCAAGAAUGAGGUAGGUAAUGUCCUAUCUAUGAAAAUUGCCAAGACUUUUGAGCAAAGACUCAAUGAACUUCUAUUUUCCAAUCCAUCAAUAUUUACUGUUAUGGAGAACUAGGUAUAUCUCAACUAUACAUUGAUUGGAGAGCCAGUAUUUAAUAAAGAUUAUAUGACUGUGUCAUUCGAUGGAACAUUUAUGCAUGAGCCUACUGGUGAUCACUAAUCAGUUGAGCUUUAAGAGAUCCCCUCAUAUUAUGAUCAAGGUAAAGAGAUCUAAAUCUACAUCUCUGAGCAAUCCUUGAAUUCGAUUCUAUAGACAUUACAUUAGAUGGGCUCCUUGAAGCUUGAUUAGGGAGAAAUUAUGUCAUAGAUUGUUGAAAUGAUUCUUAACAACUUUGCAGUUGUCUUUGGUAAAACAUCCAAGGCUAGAAUGAUAAUGGAAGCCGAUGAGAGCAAACCAAGCCUUAGAAUCACUAAGGAUAAGACAUUUAUUGAGACUGAUGUCAGACUUCAUAUUAAAAAUCCAUAUAAUGAUUAGUAUGAUGCCUGCAUUAUUUACAGCAAGCUCGAGGUAGAGCUAAAGCUUGAAGUUCUUUCAGGUUUCAAUCUGACUGGAAAGGUUCUAAAUGUAACUUUCACGGUCCACAAUAUGAAGGCAUUCUUCGAGACUAAAUCUACAGUUGAAGACAUUCAAGAUCAGAUUCAAGUCUUUGUUGCUCCAAUCUAAAACAGCAUGAACUAGAAAUUGAAGAAAGGAAUCAAAUUACCAAUGCCUAAGCUGAUUUAGAGCGAUCUCAGUGAUUCAGAUCUUAUCUAAUUUGAUCACUUCAUCAUGAUCCAGGCAGAUCCAAUCAAUAAACAGGACAAAACAGAAGUCGUCUAAUGA